AUGGCAAAUCUAGAGUCUAGAAAGCACGUUUCCCCGGAUUCGGGGUUCCCCAUUGCCUUGCAUCCGCACUUCAAUCCCAAAAUCAAAGAUCACGUACCUCCUGAGUCUUAUCAUGAGCAGAGAUUGCCGGAAAAAGACAGGGCCUCCCUCGCCGAUCCCAACAAGACGGCACUCCUUUCGGUCGCUAACAGGAUUGAUUUGACAGAAUCAAUCGGUACAGUAUUGGAAGGUGUGCAGUUAUCGCAGCUUUCGGCGCAACAGUUGGAUGAACUCGCGCUUCUCGUCACCGAACGCGGAGUCGUCUUCUUCCGGGGUCAGGACCUGACAACUGAAGGCCAAGUGAAGCUUUUCGAGCAUUAUGGCACUCUUGACCGUCACCCUGCGCAAAAGGAUGUCAAGCAUGUGGUCAUUAAGGGCAGUCGCGAGGACCACCGUGAAAUCCUCAAGUAUACCCCUUGGCCUUCGGGAGACUUUCACGCCGACACAUCUUUCGAGAUCAACCCGCCUUCGUACUCUCUAUUGCGCAUGGAGGAACACCCCGAGGUCGGCGGUGAUACUGCUUGGGUAUCUCAAUACGGGCUCUAUGACGCUCUCAGUGACGCCAUGAAGAAAUUCGUUGACGGCUUGCACGCUGUACACACGUCGCGAUUGCAAUAUGAAACCAUCUUGGACCUUUGGGGCACUGGCCCAAACCGACCUCCCAUUGAUUCUCAUCAUCCAGCUGUGAGAACACAUCCAGUCUCAGGCCUCAAGGCGUUGAAUGUCAAUCCCGGCUUCGUGACCGCCUUUGCCGAGCUGAAAAAGUACGAGUCCGACAAACUUUUGGACUUCUUCGCAUACCACAUUCACUCUGCCGACGACCAUGCUGUCCGCUGGAAGUGGCAAGUGGGUAGCGUGGCUAUAUGUACAAUUCACCGUGUCAUCCCGGGGACAUACGACGCGCCGCGCAAAGGUAUCAGAACAACUGUGUUUGGUGAGAAACCCUAUUUUGAUGCGAACAGCGAAAGCAGAGACGAGCGGGAAAAGAGACUCAAACGGAGUAACGGUACAGCAGAAUUGCACGGAGGUGAUGAAAGGUCCGCAGGGGCGAACACCAGUGCUUGA